UCUCUCUCUCUCUCCUUCCAGAAUCAUCCACGCCAUCGCCCUGCACGUGGUCGGCUACGAUGAGAAGGGCCGAAUGAUGCGGAGGGCGCUGGUACGGUACCUCAACCUCAGCCUCGUGCUCAUCCUCAGAUCCAUCUCGUCGGCCGUCAAGAAGCGGUUUCCAACGCUCGAGCAUCUGGUGGAAGCAGGUUUCAUAACCUCGACGGAGCUGGGGAUCUACAACCUGGUGCCUAACACGGAAUUCAACACCUACUGGAUCCCCUGCACGUGGUUUACGGCCCUCCUCAAGGACGCCAAGGCACAGAAGAGGAUUACGGAUCCAUUAGGGAUCAAGCAUAUAAUGGAGGAGUUUUCCGAAUAUCGAGCCAAAUGUGGAAUGCUCUGGUGUUACGAUUGGGUGAGCAUCCCGCUGGUGUACACGCAGGUCGUGACUAUUGCAACUUACUCUUUCUUUCUCGCUGCAAUCGUAGGGAGGCAAUAUGUGGAAGAAUCUCCCAUCUCAUACAGGUCUAACCAACUCGACCUGUACAUCCCCUUAUUCACAAUACUGCAGGUCUUUUUCUACAUGGGUUUACUGAAGGUCGCCGAGCAACUUAUUAACCCUUUCGGCGACGACGAUGAAGAUUUCGAACUGAACUGGAUCAUUGACAGACACAUGAAGGUGUCUUAUCUGAUCGUGGAUACGCUUCUGCUCAGGACGCCGCCCCUUAGCAAAGACAUUUUCUAUGACGACGAGUGCCCCGUCCUGCCCUACACUGCAGCUUCGGCGGAGUUCAAAAAGAGGACCUAUAGGGGAUCUGUGGCCAACAUGGUAAUCCCCGAAGAGAAGCAGAACCUGAUCCUCCCUGAUAUCCAGGAGGAGCUUGAGGAAGGGGGGGAGUUCCGCAGCACAAGCAACCUCGCAUCUCAAAUGGCUUCAAUGAAAUCUUCUGCCAACAACCUAGGAGGUCUUGGCGGGGUUACGGGCAAGGUGAUAAAGGUCGAGGGUGGGGGCACCAACAGUGGCAGCAGCACUAGUCCAAGUUCUAAGGGCAGAAAGGGCAGGCCCCCCCUUCGACGCACCCUAAGCAGCCCCGGUUAUCUGUCAGGUAGCAAGGACCAGCGAAGCCUAAGUGUGCCUGACGACUGCCUGACGCUCGACCCGCGGAGCUCCUCGCCGCGAGACGGGAAGAAGGAGAGUUCGAAGUCCGCCCCGAUCUCCCGGUCCUCCAGCAGACGGAUUGGCACUGCAGGUAGUAAGGGUAUUGGGAGUGCUUUACUGGCUAUUGGCUCGCAUCAAGGCUUUCUGGCCGCGGAUCCGGAGAAGAUAAGCCUGGCGGGCGGUCUGGCCUCGAUGUCCGACGGCGACUCGAAGGAGCGCCAGGACGACGACUUGGACUACCUGGUGCUGCCAGUGAGCAACGUCGGCAAGGGCCUGGAGGGCACGGACGCCGUGGCGCUGGACAUGAGCACGGUGGUGGACGAUGACGACCUCAAAAUCGGGAAACCGAAGAAGACGUUCCGGUUACCUGCGUCGCUGAAAGCACGUCUGGCGGUCAAGAAGAAGCCGGUGAUCACUUGGCGGCCGUACGAGCGGCAGAUGAGCUUGGACCAAAUGCCCCAGAUCACGCCAGAGGAGAUCAAGUACCGUCUCGCGGGCGAGAUCCAGGGCAGGAUGCCCGAGGACUUGCCUGAGAACUUGCCUCCGGGCGAGUUCGAGGACGAGUGCGCCUUCAUGUGGCGAACCAUCGACGACGACUCGGAUUCCUUGAAGACCGCCAUGUCGACGCAGAGCGAGGACCAUCGCUACGACGCCGCCACCCCCGACACGGGCGUCUUAUCUCACUACCGGGACAUCAAGCCCAACCAGACGGAGAAGAAGCAGGACUGCCCGUUCCUUGCCCGGAUUCCUCCGCGGCCAGUCCCUCGCCGGACGCUGCGACGAGCGCGCUACAAAACUCGGGGCCGCAUGCGGUGCUGCUCCUGCUCACUGCCGCUGCUGAGUUGCCCUCCACGCGGCAGCGUCAUCAUCCUUCCAAAUCUGGUGAAAAGUAUUAGUGAAAACUCAGUGUUCCUCGAGGUGGCGACGCGGCGCCUCAGCUUGCAUAAUCGAUCUCAGGACAAGUCCCAGUACACGACCAAGUCACAGUCACAGCACUCCCAGCACUCUAUCAGCUUGCCCUCCUCCAAGUUAACAGUUAAUGGUAGACAAUCCUGCUCGAGUCUAGGCCAUCAGGAGUCCCAGUGACGUCACAGAAAUUCCCGACUCAGUUAACAAAGUUCGGUGGCGUCCUAGAAAGAGCGGGCUCAGUUAAGAGGCGGAAGUGGGGAAGAUGUCGAUGAUACACGAAUGUGGCCUCGGCUAGAUUGAGUCAGCAUAUUCCAUUUCUUACUGUUGCAACUGAAAGUGUGUGUGAUAUAUGUACGAGACAAAGGGAGAGGGGGAAAUACAAAAAAUGUAUAACCAAUGUAGUGAUGUCAACCUUAUCUUGCUCUGUUGUUGAUUUAUCUGUUGAAGUCUUUAUUGCAAGGUUAUGUUAUAUUCUCUGAGACCGUCGUCAUUGUUAUUUUAUAUGCACUUGUUUGUGUACCACAUGGAUAACAGGCUAUGGCCUCUAAAUAUUUGUA